CAGCCGCCUCAGCAGCGGUGUUCGCCUCCUCGGCCGACUUAGGAUCCACCGCCGCGUCUCCGCCCGCCUCGCCCCGACCCCGCCCGGGCCGCCCCGCCUCUCCCCGCCGGCCCGCGGUGUCGCCGUUCGGCGCAGGGCAGCACGUUGGAGAUAUAUUUCCACAGCAUCUGGCUUUUCUUGUUCCUGUUCUGAAGUCAGUAAAUGUAACUGCUAUCUUCAUGAGGACUGUCUACAAGAGAGAAGCUUCUCACAUGGUUCCAUGUAGGUGGGCUCCACGACAGAAGUCAACCCUUCUGUAAAUCACCCGCUCUGGUUAUGAUGCUCUGAGUUCAAUACAUCUGAACUGUUGCUGUCUAUGGAUCUGCUCCAAACCUUAUAGCCUGCUUAUGGGGGAAGCUGGUCAGCAAGAGAAACAGGAGUCUUGAGAUGCCUGGGAACUUGCUGAGAAUGUGGGGAGAACAGAGAAGGUGAGUUUAACAGGGAGUUAGUUACUUUUCAGCAGAGCUGGGGAUUGGGUUUUAUAUUAAACAGCACACACAGCAAAAUUUAUUAUACAGCAACUAUACAUGAUCAGGUUUUGUUUUUACUAUUGUUGCUAUUAUUCAAUUCCCUUCCUCAGUACCAGACACAGAGCAAGGGGUUGUCUUAAUGUGGGCCACUGUAUCCUCCUCCUCUUCUUCCCCGACCCCUCAGUGUUCAUAAGCUCAGUGCUUGCAGAUAGGCGCUGAGGGCAGAGCCUGCCCCGAGAGGAAUGGACUGGAUGGCGCCAGCGGGGCCUGCUUCUCACGCUGUGCUGACGCUUCAGUGUGUGCCUCCUUUAGCCCUGAAAUUAUUAUAAGUACAGACUCCAAGGAAAUAAGAGAUAGACAGAACGGGGUCUACCCACAGGUCAUGGUUUUAGUCCGUUCCUGCUGCUAGAACAAGAUACCCAACACUGGGCAAUUUAUAAGUGGAAUCCUUAUAUGGCUCACAGUUACGGAGGCUGGCAAUCCACGAUCCAGGCUCCAGCAGGUUUCAUCCUGGGAAGGGUCAGCCUCUCUGUUUCUGAGACAGCACCUUGAACGCUGCUUCUGGGGGCCACGAACGCUGUGUCCCCAUGCUGGAUGGGACAGAAGGGCAAAAAGAACCUUGCUAGUUUUCUCAAGCCUUUUUAUGAGGCACUGAUCUAUUUCUGAGAGCAGGGUCCCCGUGGCCAAAUCACCUCCUGAUACCAUCGCACUGGGUCUUAAGUUUCAGCAUAGGAAUGGUGAGGGGACGUGUACAUUUAAAUCAUAGCAAAAAUCACUAGAUUAUUAUUUAAUGUAACAAUUCAAAAUACCUGGAAUCGUCAGUCAUUGCAGAUCAGUUGUGUUCUGAUGCAUAAAAAUACACAGAAUGGAAUACCCUGGGGAAUCUGUUCCCUUUUAUAUAGACUUAAAUAUAUUAACAUAGAAAAAGAUUUCAUAUGUAAUAGUAAGUGAUAAACACAAGACAAACGUGGUUGGUUACUAUUGUUGCUAAAAAGACAUAAUAACACACACCUACUAGUCCAAAGUUUGAAUUAGGUAGAUCUCAAGAUGCACAUAUCAACAGUGAUCUUUCUGGAUAAUUAUCAGUGACUGGUUUUUCUUUUGCAUGUGCACAUAAUCUAUUUUUUUCUGUAGUGAACCUCCGAUACUCGUGUUAUUUUAGUUUCUUUCUUUAAUAAGCAAUCAGGCUGACUUUGUCAAUGAGUAAGACCUGCAGGACUCCACAUUCUCUGUCUCUGUGCCAUGGCUGGCAUCAGAAAGCUGCAUGCUCAUUGCCUGGGCCCCAGCAGGAGCCGGCUUGGCCUGUCCCUGAUGAACCCGGGCCCUCUCACAGCCAGCGGCCUCUCUGCCUUCACGUUUCACCUCUGCCCAUCAUGUGUGCUUUUCUCAUUACUGCCUCUGCGUUUUUGAGGACAUGGUGGGAUCAAGGCAAGAAGCCCACGGCAGAAGUGAGGGCGACUUUCUCCUGCUCCAUGGCAGAAGUGCGUGGUUUGAUGGGUGGAGCAGUGUGCAUUCUGCACGCCCCCUCUCAGCCCCGAGUGCCCAAGCUGUGGGUCCUGGGCCAGGCCUUUCCACCCUACCUGCCCAGGCACAGCUGGCGUCAGGACCACAUUUGAGGCUGCGGUGCGUCCUCCUCAGCUUUGCAUGGGGCUUGCUUGGGGUGCAGACCGAGAACACCUCAGUCACAACAAAGAAGAAAACGAGGAAAGGAGGGAAUUUCCAGCUGAUGCUGUUUCAGGUACCUCCUCCUGGUGAGGAACAGCCUCAUCCUGCAGUUCACGAGGACCAGCAAAAGCGUCGCCAGCCAAGCCCAGAGCAGCACCGCUGUCUGAGUAGGGGCCUGCUUUGUGCCCACGCUGCCCACAGCAGGCAGGCGGCAGCAGUAGCAGUGAAAGCCCAUGUCUUAGGAGCUGCACUGGGCUUAAUGCUGGGCCCUGGGGUUUCUGCCCCCACCCCCCUUCCUGUUCCAGGGGCUUAGCUGCUGCAGCCACAUGUCCUUCAGGCUCACCCGACUGUUGAGUCGCCCUGUUGGGGGAAGGGGCUGUUGAGUCGCCCCAUUGGGGGAAGGGGCUGUUGAACUGACAGCGCAUGAGUGCUGGGUGCACCCUCCAAGGGCAUGAGGGGAGCUGGGCAAAAAGUGGGUCACAUGUGCCUGGCCCAUGUCACGUGGCUCCUGCCCGAGGCCAAUGGGGUGGGCAGCCUCCCUCAGUGGAGAGCGAAGCACCACUCUCAUUUUCCUCCGUUAGUAUCUCAUCUUCUCUAAACUGGGAGAGUGGCCAUCUGUCCGAUACCCACAUCAAGCCUGAUCUUUCCCAGCCUCUUGGAGCUGCUCUGUUCUGAGGUGACGCCUUCUGGGCCCCGUCUGUCCUUCCUCACAGCACCCUGAGCACCUUAAGCCACCACCCCCAGCCACAUUUUGGCAGAAGGAUGGAGUCCAAGGUCUCAGAAGGUGGCCUGAACGUGACCCUGACCAUCCGCCUGCUGAUGCAUGGAAAGGAAGUUGGAAGCAUCAUCGGGAAGAAAGGAGAAACCGUGAAGAAGAUGCGUGAGGAGAGUGGUGCCAGGAUCAACAUCUCAGAGGGAAACUGCCCAGAGAGGAUCGUGACCAUCACAGGCCCUACAGACGCCAUCUUCAAGGCCUUUGCCAUGAUUGCAUACAAGUUUGAGGAGGACAUCAUCAACUCCAUGAGCAACAGCCCUGCCACCAGCAAGCCCCCAGUGACGCUGAGGCUGGUGGUGCCCGCCAGCCAGUGUGGGUCCCUGAUCGGCAAAGGAGGCUCCAAAAUCAAGGAGAUCAGGGAGUCCACAGGUGCCCAGGUGCAAGUGGCUGGGGACAUGCUGCCCAACUCCACGGAGCGGGCGGUGACCAUCUCAGGGACCCCGGACGCCAUCAUCCAGUGCGUCAAGCAGAUCUGUGUGGUCAUGCUGGAGUCCCCACCGAAAGGUGCCACCAUUCCCUACCGCCCAAAGCCCGCCUCCACCCCUGUCAUUUUUGCAGGUGGUCAGGUAAGAGCCGACCCGCUCGCGGCCUCCACUGCCAACCUCAGCCUUUUACUGCAGCACCCGCCGCUGCCCGCCUACACAAUCCAGGGCCAGUACGCCAUCCCCCAUCCAGAUCAGUUGACCAAGCUCCACCAGUUGGCCAUGCAGCAAACCCCCUUUCCUCCCCUCGGACAGACCAACCCCGCUUUCCCCGGAGAAAAGCUGCCUUUACACUCCUCCGAAGAAGCUCAAAAUCUGAUGGGCCAGUCGUCAGGUCUGGAUGCCAGCCCACCGGCCAGCACUCACGAGCUCACCAUUCCCAAUGAUCUAAUAGGCUGCAUAAUUGGACGCCAAGGGACCAAAAUCAAUGAAAUUCGACAGAUGUCUGGAGCUCAGAUCAAAAUUGCCAACGCCACUGAAGGGUCCUCAGAGCGUCAGAUCACCAUCACAGGGACCCCGGCCAACAUCAGCCUUGCCCAGUAUCUCAUCAAUGCCAGGCUGACGUCCGAGGUCACGGGGAUGGGCGCGCUCUAACCCUACCCAGCGUCCUCCCGCCACGUCACGUCACUCCCUGCCAGGGCCCAAGCCCGGCUCUCACACUGUACAGCUCCCUUCCCUGCCUCACAGAUACCAGUGGAGAGGUUUUCUGCAUCAGCGAAAGGACCAGCCAUGGAUGAACACCCACGCACACAGCCGCUCUCCACGGAGGCUGCAGGCCCCACGAUCCCCUUCAGUGUUACCCGUGACUGACGCUCCAGCCUGCCCAUUCACCGGCAUGCAGUGUUAAUUAUUUUAGAAAUAUUGUUCCUUGGUGUCAGCGUAGCUGUCUGUCGUAGGAGCUGGGUCGCCAUCCCGACAGCACUCCCUGUCCACCAUUCUCCUCUGCCAUCCAGAACUGUUGCCUGAGACCCCUCCUCUCCCACAGCCCCGCCGUGCCGACUCGGUUUCCCCUCAGAGCCCGUGUCGUCUGGGCCAAAGUUUCUGCCCCAGGUUGUAUGCUGGAAUUGGGGGUUGCUUCUCCUGCCACCCGUGGGGAGUGCCCAGAGAGGAGGGUGGUGGAGGAUGUCGGGGCUCUGACCCCAGGAGUGGGGUGGAGGGCAGGGCCUGCUGGGGCCCUGCCUUCAAGAGAUGCCGCGUGCUGGGGAGGCCCUUGGGGAAUCCCUCUGUGCGCCUCAGAGUUCAAUAAAUGUCGUGGCCCCUC